UCUAACGGAAGCAAAGACCUAAAGCAAUGAAGAGCUAACGUUUGUUGCAGUGGGUGCUGCUUAGACACAGUUAACGUUAACUACAACUUUACCGGGCAUACGCAUACGCUAUUCAUCUAGAUCUACGAUGCUACAUUGUACAUUAACAAUAAGCUUCAUUCUAAACUGACAGGAUAUGUUUAUUUUUGACGAGGUUUCCAGCCUUUUAACCCAGAGGCAAGUGUGAUGGCUUCAUGUCCUCUUUCAUAUGACAGCAACUCCAGCGAUAAUGAAACCUGGGAUCAUAAGGCAAACUGCCGGUCUCGUAAACUUUGUAAACACUCAAGUGCCCAGUCGCGAGGCUCUACGCUGGAGUCGGAGCUGGUGACCAUGAGCCUGCAGGGAGCCAGCGGUGGGCCGGAACACUCCAGAGAACACCGGCGACCCAGCGACCGCUCCCGAGACUCCUCCCAUGAGCGUGGCGAGGGCCAGCUCACGCCCUGCAUCCGGAAUGUGACCUCACCUACCCGCCUGCAGCACAGCGACCGUGACUCUGGUCCUCCUCCAUACUCCACCAGCCCCCGGCCCCUGCGAGCAGCCACCAGUGGCCUGCUGAGUGCCGACUUGUCCUGUAAGGGUCACAGCCCCACCGACCUGACCUACAUCUACGACAGCGCCAAGGAGGGCCUGCGCAGCAUCAGAACCUGUGAGCGAGUCACGCUGAUCGUGGACAACACACGCUUUGUAGUUGACCCCUCCGUCUUCACAGCUCAGCCCAACACCAUGCUGGGCAGAAUGUUUGGAUCUGGAAGGGAGUACAACUUCACCAGACCUAAUGAGAAGGGAGAGUAUGAGGUGGCCGAGGGAAUCAGCUCCACGGUGUUCCGGGCCAUUCUGGAUUACUACAAGUCGGGGAUAAUCCGCUGCCCUGAUGGGAUCUCCAUUCCAGAGCUGAGAGAGGCAUGUGACUACCUCUGCAUCUCCUUCGACUGCAGCACCAUCAAGUGCAGAGACCUGAGUGCCCUAAUGCACGAGCUGUCCAACGACGGAGCGCGGCGGCAGUUUGAGUUCUACCUGGAGGAGAUGGUGCUGCCGCUGAUGGUGGCCAGCGCGCAGAGCGGCGAGCGGGAGUGCCACGUGGUGGUGCUGACCGACGACGACGUGGUGGACUGGGAUGAGGAGUACCCGCCGCAGAUGGGAGAGGAGUAUUCUCAGAUAAUAUACAGCACAAAACUAUACAGGUUUUUUAAAUACAUUGAAAAUCGAGAUGUUGCCAAGUCGGUCUUAAAGGAGAGAGGACUGAAGAAAAUCCGAUUAGGCAUUGAAGGCUAUCCCACGUACAAGGAGAAGGUGAAGAAGCGGCCUGGGGGUCGUCCUGAGGUCAUCUACAACUAUGUGCAGCGGCCGUUUAUCCGCAUGUCCUGGGAGAAGGAGGAGGGCAAGAGCCGCCACGUGGACUUCCAGUGUGUCAAGAGCAAAUCCAUCACCAACCUGGCGGCAGCUGCCGCAGACAUUCCUCAGGACCAGCUGGUGGUCAUGCACCCUGGGCCCCAGGUGGACGAACUUGAUAUCCUGCCCAAUCAUCAGCUGCAGCCCAGCUACCACUACGAGCCUGAGCCCGACACCCCCUCGCCCGCCACCUGACCCUCGUGCUCAUCAGCAGCGCCACCAGGAGCCAGCUCGGACACUGUGGCCUUCACACCUGCUCUUCGGCCUUACUGCCCCCACAGCCCUCCUCACGCCCACUCCUCAGCCCCCUUUGAUUCUAAAACAUUUUGAGUUUGGAAAAUUUUUGAUUUUUUUUUUUAGUACGGCUUUGUGUGUCUGUUUUUUACUGUGAGACAGUGAGUUUUUUUUGGGCUCUUUAGUCAAGUGGUGCUGCACCGUGUGUGUGUGUGUGUGUGUGUGUGUGUGUGUCACUUUUCCUGUGAAAGCAUAAUUUGACUGCAGACAGGAACCUAGUAUGUGUGUGGCCUCACUGUGAAGCAUGCUACACAGUGCUACAGCUGAGUACCACUGAAAAUGUCCACCAUGUAGGCAACAUGCAGAAAUGAUGUCACCUUUUAAUAAAGUACCUUCUUUUGUUGCAGUGAAA